ACGCAGGAGGGAUCAUUCAGGUGAAGUUUGACGGGUCCAUUCACACUUUCCACUGUGGACACCAGCAGCCUCCCACUUUGCAUUAUCUCAUGCAGUCAUCUUGCUUUUCAAGCCAUAUCCCUUUAAUUAUUUACAUUUCCCCCACAUAUGCACCUCAGUGUUUCCCUCCCAGAAUGUCAUUAACGGGCUGCAUCAUUUUUGUCUUCUGACGUGUGUGAACUGUGGCUCCAAAUCAGGGACACUGCAGUGAGAGUGACCCGCUUUCAAAAUGCAGUGAGGAGGAGAAGGAGAAGAACAAGAAGAGGGCAUCUCAUGAUCAGUGCAGAGAGAGAGGGAGAGGAAAAGAGAGAGAGAGGUUCAGAAUGACUGAUCUGGAGAAAGAGAGAGAGUCAGUCCCUCCGUUUUGUCUCGGCAGAAGAGUCCAGUCUGGCUGCUUCUCAGAACCACUAUGUCCUGCUGCAGACCGACACCACUGAAGAAGCAGCACCUGAGUUAAUUACCCGUUUCACCCUCAGAGGAUUGAUGGACCUCCAUUAUGGCCAACUGGACAUGAUUCUGCACUCAGCACUUGUGGCACAAUGUCGAAUAUGAUUCUCCUGACUGCAAUAAGCAUUUUGUAUUUGCCCGUUUUGCUGUUCGAGGCAUUUGUUUUGUCCAAAGGGAAGUAUGAGAGGUCAGCGGUGCCGACCUCCGCCACCCGUCUGGUGGCCAGGAUGGAUGGGGAUAUUAUAAUCGGCGCUCUCUUCUCCGUCCACCACCAACCGUCUGCCGAGAAGGUGGCAGAGAGGAAAUGUGGGGAGGUCCGAGAGCAGUACGGCAUCCAGAGAGUGGAGGCCAUGUUCCACGCCUUGGAUCGGAUUAACUCGGACCCCAACCUGCUGCCCAACAUCACCCUGGGCUGCGAGAUCAGGGACUCCUGCUGGCACUCUUCGGUGGCUCUGGAGCAGAGCAUCGAGUUCAUCCGAGACUCCCUCAUCUCCAUCCGGGACGACAGGGAAGGGUCCAGGUGGUGCAUCGAGGGGGUUCCUUCCAGCCAGCCGCCGCCCACCAAGAAGCCCAUCGCAGGGGUCAUCGGGCCCGGAUCCAGCUCGGUGGCGAUUCAAGUCCAGAACCUCCUGCAGCUGUUCAACAUCCCGCAGAUCGCCUACUCUGCAACCAGCAUCGACCUCAGCGACAAGACACUGUUCAAGUACUUCCUCAGGGUUGUUCCCUCAGACACUCUGCAAGCCAGAGCCCUGCUGGACAUCGUCAAACGCUACAACUGGACCUACGUGUCUGCAGUUCACACGGAGGGUAACUAUGGCGAGAGCGGGAUGGAGGUGUUCAAAGAGCUCGCCUCGCAGGACGGCCUCUGCAUCGCCCAUUCUGACAAGAUCUACAGCAACGCCGGCGAGAAGCACUUCGACAGGCUGCUGAGGAAGCUGCGGGAGCGUCUGCCCAAAGCCAGAGUUGUUGUCUGCUUCUGCGAAGGCAUGACGGUCCGAGGGCUGCUCAUGGCCAUGAGGCGGCUCGGAGUAGCCGGAGAGUUCCUCCUAAUUGGCAGUGACGGCUGGGCUGACCGUGUGGAGGUGGUGGAGGGAUACGAGCAGGAGGCGGUGGGCGGCCUCACCGUGAAGCUGCAGUCUGAAGAGGUCUCCUCCUUCGACGACUACUUCCUGAAGCUCAGGCUCAGCACCAACACCCGCAACCCCUGGUUCCCCGAGUUCUGGCAGUACCGCUUCCAGUGCCGCCUUCCCGGCCACCCGCAAGAGAACCUGAAUUAUGCACGAAACUGCUCAGGUUAUGAGAGUCUGGAGGACAACUAUGUUCAGGACAGCAAGAUGGGCUUUGUGAUCAACGCCAUCUACGCCAUGGCUCACGGGCUGCACGACAUGCACACCCACCUCUGUCCGGGACACGUGGGGCUCUGCGACGCCAUGAAGCCCGUCGAUGGAAGCCACCUGCUGGACUUUCUGCUCAAAACUACCUUCACAGGAGUGUCUGGGGAGGAUAUUUGGUUCGACGAGAACGGAGAUUCACCUGGAAGAUAUGAGAUCAUGAACUUCCAGCGGGUAGAACCUGGAGUGUACGACUACAUCAACAUCGGCUCGUGGCACGAAGGAGUCCUCAGUCUGGACGACGACAUGAUCCAGAUGAACCGCAGCGACAUGGUCCGGUCGGUGUGCAGUGAGCCCUGCUCGAAAGGAGAGAUCAAGGUGAUAAGGAAGGGGGAGGUGAGCUGCUGCUGGAUCUGCACGGCCUGCAAAGACAACGAGUACGUCCAGGACGAGUUCACAUGUAAAGCCUGUGAGCUGGGCUGGUGGCCGGACAAAGAGCUGGAAGUCUGUGAGCCGAUCCCACUGCGCUACCUGGAGUGGAGCAACCCGGAGUCCAUUAUCCAGGUGGUUUUCUCCUGUUUGGGCAUCCUGGUGACGUCGUUCGUCGCCUUCGUCUUUGUCUUGUACCGAGACACUCCCGUGGUCAAAUCCUCCAGCCGGGAGCUCUGCUACAUCAUCCUCGCCGGGAUCUUCCUGGGCUACUUGUGUCCCUUCACCCUCAUCGGACCGACAGUGGCCUCCUGCUACCUCCAGAGACUCCUCGUCGGACUCUCGGCCGCCAUGUGCUACUCGGCCCUGGUGACCAAAACCAACCGCAUCGCUCGCAUUCUGGCCGGCAGCAAGAAGAAGAUCUGCACCAGGAAGCCCAGGUUCAUGAGCGCCUGGGCUCAGGUGGUGAUCGCCUCCAUCCUCAUCAGCGUCCAGCUCACCUUGGAGAUCACUCUUAUUAUCAUGGAGCCUCCCGAACCCAUCAAAUCCUACCCCAGCAUCAGAGAAGUCUUCCUCAUCUGCAACACCAGCAACCUGGGCGUCGUUGCGCCGCUGGGCUACAACGGUUUGCUCAUCAUGAGCUGCACCUACUACGCCUUCAAGACCCGCAACGUUCCCGCCAACUUCAACGAGGCCAAAUACAUCGCCUUCACCAUGUACACCACCUGCAUCAUCUGGCUGGCGUUUGUGCCCAUCUACUUCGGCAGCAACUACAAGAUCAUCACCACGUCCUUCUCCGUGAGCCUCAGCGUGACUGUAGCUUUGGGGUGCAUGUUCACGCCCAAGAUGUAUAUCAUCAUCGAACCGGAGAGAAACGUGCGCAGCGCCUUCACCACCUCCGACGCUGUGCGCAUGCACGUCGGCGACGGCAAAAUCGCCUGCCGAAGCAACAGCCUGCUGAACAUGUUCAAGAGGAAGAAGAACACUGGGAACGGCAGUUCUAAUGGAAAGUCUGUUGUCAUGGUCUGAACCAGGUGCAAGACAUCUCCAAAAGGGGAUCACAUGUGGCACAGACUGUCAGUGCAUGUGAAGAGACAGGAAGCAGGUUCCAAUCAGAUGGCUGUCAUCAAACCCUUAACUAAUACCUUACCA